CUACCCUCUACCUGCUCAAUAUUCCAUCACUUUCUCUUACUCCAUUUGCAGAGGCCUCUACCAGCACACACAAACACAUACCAACUCUCUCUCUCUCUCUCUAGGUAAAAUGAUUGAAUCUAUAUUCAUGAAGGUGGAACUCAUGUCUGCAGUCAUUUGUUGUCUUUGAUCAACUUCUUUUAAUGUCAGCAAAGCUUGUUUACUGGGAUUGGACAUGAUCUUCUACCAUAAGUUGAUUGUGAAAGGAAUGAUCAAUAGUUUCUGAAGCCUCAUGGAUGCCCGACAACGACUUGAUGAUGCGUACAAAAGAAAGUUACAGAAGAUCAAAGUGAGGGGCGUCGAGAAUCCUUUUAAACUUGUCAUUGCUGGGAAGAGCAGUAGAUGCAAGUUUCAUCCCUUAAAAUUGGUUUUGGUUAUCAUCGUACUCGGCUCUUUUCUUAUGAUAUUUUCGUCUCCGACUGUCUGUCACCAGAACAGUAUAUCUCACCAAGUUUCUCAGCAACGUUUUCUGAACAGGUUGAUAUGGGGUGCCUCAGAUCCUCGCUACGUAUCAGAUUUAGAUAUCAAUUGGGAAGAAAUUUCAAGUGCAUUGAAGAAGUUACCUAAUGACGCGAAGAUUCAAGGUGUUGGCCUUCUAAAUUUCAAUGAGCGUGAAGUCCAUCAAUGGAAGCAGUUCAUUCCCACUGCUAGUCACUUGAGUCUGCACAUUGAUUACGCGGAGAAAAACGUCACUUGGGAAUCUUUGUAUCCUGAGUGGAUUGAUGAGGAACAGGAAGAAGAUGUUCCCAUUUGCCCUUCUUUGCCAAAAGUUGAAGUGCCAAGGCAACGGCUUGAUCUCAUCGCUGUCAAACUUCCCUGCAGAAAUGAAGGCAACUGGUCCAGAGAUAUUGCUCGACUGCAUUUACAGAUCGCUGCUGCUGGUUUAGCCGCCUCUUGCAAAGGCACGUAUCCUGUGUAUGUGCUUAUCCUGACAAGGUGCUUUCCAAUCCCCAAUUUGUUUACCUGCAAGGAUCUUGUUGCACAUGAAGGCAGCAUAUGGUUAUAUAAACCACGUUUGAAUGCACUGAGAGAGAAGCUUCAGCUCCCAAUCGGAUCAUGUGAGCUUGCACUUCCGCUUGGAGUCGUAGACAGGGAUUACUCAGGAAGGAGGCAACGAGAGGCAUAUGCAACAAUCCUGCAUUCGGCACAUGUCUAUGUUUGUGGAGCCAUAGCGGCAGCCCAGAGCAUCCGCAUGGCAGGGUCUACUCGAGACCUUGUGAUUCUUGUUGAUGAAACAAUCAGUGAAUAUCACAGGAGCGGGCUUGAAUUGGCGGGCUGGAAAGUAAGGACCAUAAAGAGAAUAAGAAAUCCUAAAGCUGAGAAAGAUGCUUACAACGAGUGGAACUACAGCAAGUUUAGGCUAUGGCAGUUGACAGAUUAUGAUAAGAUCAUUUUCAUUGAUGCUGAUCUUCUCAUCCUCCGAAACAUCGAUUUCUUGUUUGGGAUGCCGGAGAUCUCUGCAACCGGCAACAACGGCACACUCUUCAAUUCAGGAGUUAUGGUGAUAGAGCCAUCAAACUGUACGUUCCAGCUUCUGAUGGAUCAUAUAAACGAAAUCGAAUCGUACAACGGUGGAGACCAAGGCUACUUGAAUGAAAUUUUCACCUGGUGGCACAGGAUACCAAAGCACAUGAACUUCCUAAAAAAUUUCUGGAUUGGUGACGAUGAAGUAGUAAAGCAGAAGAAAAUUAGACUCUUCGAGGCAGAACCACCAAUUCUUUAUGUUCUUCACUACUUAGGAAAUAAACCAUGGAUGUGCUUCAGGGACUAUGACUGCAACUGGAAUGUGGAUAUCUUACAAGAAUUCGCAAGCGACGUCGCUCACAGGAAGUGGUGGAAAGUGCACGACGCCAUGCCCGAAAAACUACAAGAGUUUUGUCUACUGAUAUCGAAACAAAAGGCGCAGUUGGAAUGGGACAGAAGGCAAGCAGAGCAAAGAAACUUCUCAGAUGGGCAUUGGAAGAUCAGAAUACAAGAUAAGCGGAUCAAGAAGUGCAUCGAUCCAUACUGCCAUUGGCAGAGUAUGUUGCGGCAUUGGGGUGAAACAAAUUGGACAGAGAGUGAAUUCCCUGUUCCUACACCACCAGCAUUGAUCACAACCUCUGCUAGUUUAUGAUCAAUAGCUGUUUUUUGCUUCCAUCCACCACUAGACAGAUUUUUGGUUCAGGGGCUUUACAGUUCUGUCUUGAUAGCAUGCCUUUGUCAUUGCAUUCUGAGUUCUUGUCGGUUACACAUGGACGCAACAGCAUAAAGGGGCCUCACUCGCACUUGAAACCUUGAGAAUGUUUUCAUAUUUUUUGAAGUUUCUCGGGCUGAUAUCAUAUAGGAUAAUUGUCCUCUCGCAUAUUCAGUUUAAUAUGCUUGU